UUUCCACCGGGCCUUUGGGAGGUCACAGGGUCUUGAUGCUGUGGUCUUCGUCUGCAGGUGUCUGACUUUCAGCAACUGCUGGCCUGUGCCAGGGUGGAAGCUGAGCACUGGAGUGGAGUUUUCCUGUGGAGAGGAGCCAUGCCUAGAGUGGGAUGGGCCAUUGUUCAUAUUCUGGCCCGUGUUGUCUGCAUGUAACCUAAUACCACAACCAGGCAUGGGGGAAAGAUUGGAGGAAAGAUUGGAGGAAAGAUGAGUGAGAGGAUCAACUUCUCUGACAACCUAGGCCAGUGUGUGGUGAUGCCAGGCAUGCCCUUCCCCAGCAUCAGGUCUCCAGAGCUGCAGAAGACGACGGCCGACUUGGAUCACACUCUUGUGAGUGUCCCCAGUGUUGCAGAGAGCCUCCACCACCCCGAGAUCGCAUUUAUCACUGCCUUUUGUCUGCCCAGUUUCACCAGAAGUAGGCCUCUUCCUGACAGUCAGCUGCACCACUGCCUGGCGCUGCGCCCUUCCUUCGCUCUGCCCGCUGGAGACGGUGUUUGUCAUGGGCCUGGUCUGCAGGGAUCCUGCUACAAAGGUGAAACCCAGGAGAGUGUGGAGUCCAGAGUGUUGCCAGGACCCAGGCACAGGCAUUAG